AUGGCUCUUCCUUUCCUUCCAGGUCAAGUUUUUGACAGAAAGGUAGGAAGUGUUGGUUCUGAUUCAAAUUCGAUCAACGCAACGUUUGGUCGUGAAACUUUUCUGAAUCGACUCUUUCUCUCGACAGAUUGGAAAAACAAAAUUUCACAAAUCACAUCAAUUUGAUUACCGGAAUGAUGUAUCUGUGUAUGUUGGAGAAGACAAAAGUGGAAUCGGUAAGCCAUAUGCAGCUAUUAGUUUCUUUUUGUGUUUUUUCUUUUCGUCUCACUUCAAUAACGGUUAACUGGAAUUUUGUUUUUAGUGAUACUUUCAAUAAGCUUAAGGUUACUUAUUUACGGCUUUAUAAGUUAAGUGUAGUAGUAAAACUUAAGGGAAAAUCUUACUUUUCUCGUUCAUCUAUUUCUAUUUAGGUGGCGAUCCUUUACCAGGACAAAAGCUGAAACCAAGACACAGUGCUUAUCCAAAAGGGAUCGGAGGAGAGGCACCAGCAUGGGUUGCAUUUGAUAGACAGGUGAAGCUUAUAUAUAAGAGAUGAUUUAAUUACAAAGUGGGUUAGGUGUGUGGAGGGGUGUGUUGCUGAGCUCUUAACACCUCGCACUCCAGAUCUGGCGGUCCGUGGUUCAAGCCUUGCUUGUCGUGUUGUUUCUUUAGACGAGGAACUUCACACCAUUUUGUCUUUCUUCACCCAGGUGUAUAAAUGGGUGCUGGCAACAUACUGCUGCGGGAUAACCCUGUGAUGGACUAGCAUCCUGCUCAGGGGGGCGGGGAGUAGCAAUACUUCUAGGCAUGCUUAAUGCAAAGGAAAAUGGGAUAAGCUCAGACCAUUUGGUCCUUUGGCUCAUGUGCACCUUACCUUUACCUUAGGUCUGCUUGAAACAUCAAACUUUGCAUGUGCAAAAUUUCAUGCUAAUAAGAUUAAUUAAUUAUUUUGCACUCAUUUGCAUUACAGUGUAGACCUGGCACAUGUGAUGGGUAGCAUUUAAAACAGGCCUUUCUUGUACAUGAGAUGACCAAGUGCAAAAGUAGAGACCCACUGUGCGAUAGGUACUGGUAAAUGGCCUGAACCCUCUGGGGUGAGGGCAAGGGGCAUCCUUAGAUAUGAGAUUACUCCACUCAGGGUUGUACCAGCCAGAGAUUUGAAGAUUGAAUGGUUCAAAUGGGUAGACACUAUGGACUGUUCUAUUAUGUUCAUUUUUUUAUUCCUGUGUAGCUCGAAAAGUAUUGAGGCUGUUGACGCCCAUAUUCAUAAUAAUCAUGGCUCCAUGAAGCUUAUUGACAGCUUUUGAAUUUUCUUGCUUAUAUUGUUACACAGGUUCUAUGUUUUGAUGCCUACUUUCAAGAAGCUGUACAUGAGAAAAGAGAAGAACAGUACAGAAUCAGAAGGUUUGCCAUAUUUCCUUUAUUGAGUACAAGCUUGAGUAAAAGCUCCUCUCAAAUUUUGCCUGCAUGUGGCAGUUGCAUGCUUGUCUAAAUACUUUACUUUUUAGUUAUGAUAUAAUUUGCCUCAGUCUUUGACCAUCGGCAGGCGAGUAAGUAAAGUUACUUGCUUGGAAUGGAAAUCUACUUGUCCUAGGCUAUACUUAACCUGAAAGGACUUUUUCGAUCCCUGUGAGUAAAAACUUGAAAUGCAAAGGUCACUCAUUCUCAUGGAGGCAAGGGUAUGUGGUGCAGUUGUGAAGUCACUUACCUUUCACUUAAAUGUGGUCUGGCCUUGAACCCCAGACAACAUAUGUGGGUGAAGUUUGUUGUUAGUGCUUGCCCUUUCUUCAGGAGGUUCAUCUCCAAGUACUCCAGUUUUUCCCUCACCUAAAAAAACCAACACUUUGAAAAUCAAAUUCCAACCAGAAUGGAAGUGAAAGAACCACUUGGUGGAUGUGUGACCACUAAAUUGUUAUUUGUUUCUUUGUUUCCUACCAUUCUGUCAGGUUCUAACAACAAAAUAAUGUAUUUUGAACCUAAUUUUUUUUAUCUCUGCUUACUUUAGGUGCAAAAUUUACUUUUAUUUGGAAGAUGAUAGCAUUCAAGUGAUUGAACCCAAAGUCGAGAAUAGUGGAAUUCCCCAGGGUAUGAAUGACAUCAAUACUGUAGUAUGUGUGAUAUACCGGUCCAUCAUUAACAUAUUACAUCUAGAGAACAUAUCAGGGGCGGACAGAGGAUUUUGUGAUAGAGGGGGCCCAUAGAUUUAGUAUAUAGUAGCAAUAUGGGCACGAUAGCGCCCAUCAGUACUGUUUCGGGCGCAUGCAGCCUCCUCCAGGAAAAUUUUUGAGAUUGAAGUGAUUGCUCAAUAAGAUUUUAAGAAGCUGAGAUGCAAUCUAGUGCAUUCUGGAGGCUUAAAUGUAGCAAAUGCCUGGAUUCCAUAUUGAACAUGUAUUGCUGAAAUUUUAAUAAACCACAAAAGGGGGGCAGGGCCCUUGCAUAUCACACAGUAAUAACUGAAAAACUGACUGUCACCAACAGGAACCUUGAUUCGUCGUCAUCGUAUUCCACUUCCUCCACCAAAUGAUGAACAGUUUUAUACUGUGGAAAACUUCAAUGUUGGUCAAGAAAUCACAUUGUAUUCCCGCACAUUUAAGAUCACUGUAAGUACUGGUGCAACUUGAAGGAAAAAUGACAUGAGUUUGUUUUUACAAAACCUGACAAAACUUAAUGUAACUACCUUGAUUUGUUGACAGGGGUGUGAUGACUUCACUCACAAUUUUCUUCGCAAACUUGGAGUUCGAAUCAACAACCCAGAGGGUAUUCCAAGUGAUCCUUACACUGGCCAUCGUAAGAAGGUUUGUUAAAUUGACAUUAAACAGUUGACUUAUGCUUACUUUCCAUAGCAAAUGAUGUUAAUUUAUGUUCUCAGUGGAAUGAUGGUGAUGCACCAGUCCUCACUUUUCUAUUGUUUUGUAGAGAUAUUAUCAACUUGUCAGUAGGCGAACUAAGUCUUGUCUGAUUUAGUUUCCUUUGGGGGCGGGGGGUUAUUGAUUGUUAAGGUAAUGAUAAACAAGAAUUUCGGCACUUUUUCACAGAUGAUCUUAACCAUGAGGUUUUGUUUUGUCAGUGGCACAGGCUACUUUGUCUUUAAUACCUGUCAAUACUUUUCUCUGAAAUGUGUUAUUUUCUUCAGUUGGUUGAGAGCAUGCAGCCUUUGCGACCCUAUGAAAAAGAGGAUACCCUUAAACAGUUUCUUCAAUUUGAUCGAAACGUGCUGCGAUUUUAUUGUUUGUGGGAUGACUCUGACAGGUAAGUCUGAUUUUUCUUUCUCUAAUAUUCUAAAAUACUGCUGUUUAUUAAAUCAACUUCCUCCCAAAGUUCUGAUUUAACCACACAUAAUGACAUUCUUCAGGUCUUUGCAACCAGUGAAGAAGUUUCUUGAAAAUUGAUAGAAUUGUUUUGUUAGUCAUUUCAGUUGUCCUUUUCUUUAGCUCAUACAUGUCAAUAUUGUGUUGUAUUGUUCAAUCACCAUGGCCUGCUGAUCAUUUCUGUCUUGAAGAAGAAGAAAUUUUAUUAACAACAAUGCUAACUAUUAAAAUCCUAUUUACAAUUAAUUCGCUUAAAAAAAAAGAAAAAACUAUUCAUUCAAAAACACUAUUUACAAUUCCUGUCGAAUUAAAAAGCAAAAAAAAUAGUAAUAAUAAUAAUGAAAUAAAAAGAUAUACAUAAAGUAAGGAAACACAUCAAUAGUCCGAUUUAAUGGCUCCUUCAACAACUUCGAUGUCGAUAUCAACAUUCUUAAUGUCACAUAGCACUUCAUUUCUGUCUUUGUAGCAUGUUUGGUGAUGCUCGUGAAAUGGAAUUGCAUUACUUCCUUGCUGAUGAUACUGUAGAGAUAUGUGAGAGGAUUCCAAAUAACAGUGGCCGUGAUGCUGUGCCAAUGUUCCUAAGGCGUGCAAGAUUACCAAAGGUUCGUUAUCACUAUUUUAACAAUUUUAUGAAUCUGCUGUAAUUCCUUGAAUAAUAGCUGUGGCCGAUUAUUUUUUUGGCACAAAAGUAGGGCAAUUGUUCAAGGGAGGUGAUUAUUUCAAAUAUUGCUCCCUGGAAGUUGUCCCCUAAAAUAAUAUUUGUGUUUUAUUAUGCCAUUAAAUCUAAAAAACAGAAGUAAACAGAAUAUGUUCUUUUUAAGUGUUCCAAAUUCAGUUCCUUGACUAAUUUUCAAAGUCAAUAUCGUUGGCAUCAGAACUUAAAUCGUUACAAAUCCGUUUUGGUGGUUAAAAAAAAGAGAAGAUCGUGAGAGGGGUUGUGGGGGGAGGGGGGUGUUUGGUGGGGUUGACUAAUAAAUUAUUUGAGAGAGUCGAUUAUUUUAAAUAUUUCUGUCAAAGGGGGGUAAUUAUUUGAGGGAGGCAAUUGAUUGAGGUAUGGCAGUUAUAUGGUCAGGGUCAUUUUGUGCCUGCUCUGUUUUGAUUUUAUGUCAUUAAAUGAGAUGUUUCUUCUUCAAAUCAGGAGCCUGCAGCAUUGCGCCAGCCAGGAGAGAUAACUGGACGAACAGUGUUGAAUGUUUUUGGACCCAUGGGACAUGGGGGAAGAUGGAUUUUAGAUAGCCUGAAGGUAAGAUGCUUGUUUUUGUUGGGGUAGAAUGUUGUCAAAAUUAAUUUGUUGUUAACCUGCUAGAAGUGAUCAAAUUUAAUAUUUAUUAAUUUUGUUGAAAUAAACAAUUUCAUUUUGAAAAUUAGGGAAGCUAAAUUUUUGUUCAUGUGAAAAACCCCUUAGGAAGUUUCAUGAUCAUUUGUAUUUUGUUGAUAGAAAGUUAGGGCUACACAUGUCAAUAUAACAAAUUCUGUUAUACUUGUAAGUUUUAUUUAUAAAUAUGAAUGAGUAAAACAUUUUGUUGAGAAAGAAGUAAUAAAUUGAAUAGGGAUUUUUAAAAGAUCGCAAUACCCUUAUUUUACAAGUCUUUGCUUUGAUGUGUUGCACAUCUUCAUCAUGCAGUUACAAAAUAAUUUGAAAAACUUUUUGAACUUAUAACAACCUAGAAAAGGUUAACUGCUGGCAAUAUGGUUAGCUAAUUAUGUUUAUUUUUUACUUAUCAGACUGGUGCAGUUCAUACAGAUUAUUAUCACGACAGUGACCUUACUAUAGGCUCUGUUAUCAACAUUUGGGGCCGCAAACUGCUUAUCUGUGACUGUGAUGAGUUUACAAAGGAAUACUACAAGUCAAAAUAUGGGAUUGGUAAGUUGACUCAAAUUGAUCUGGACUGGUUUUUUUUAACCCAUUAUAUCAUUUUGAAGCUAGUUGAGCUGAUCUAUAAAGAGCUGAAACUUGACAAAACACCGUUUACAGGUUAUACACUUCACAGCCUUCUGAUCCAGAUGCAAAAUAUUAGUCUCUGAAGUUUGGGCAUGUGCAGAAAGAGAAAUUUCGAGAUAAAAAAAUAAGAUUAAGAUUAAAAAUGACACAACAGUUUGUUUUUGUUUGUCUUUUUCCCUUUUCUUUUGCUUUUCUUGCCUUGUAGUUUUUUGUCCUUUGGUGGGCAUUUUAGUAGCUGGGCUUCAUUUUGGUGGGAAAUGAAAGAGUUUAGGAUUAGAUGAAAGGAAAUGUACACAUUGGUGGGUAGUGGUACAAGAUUUUUAUAGGAAUUUUCAGUUCAGCUGUAGUCAGCUGCAGUAGUGUAGUUUAUGUAAAGCCUGGUGAAGUUAAUAGAACAAGAACUAUGACACCAACGCAAAUCUUAUUAUUUAAUUUUUUAACCCAUAGAUAAUUUUGACAGCAUCAACUACAAAGCUGACGCAGAACCUUUCCCACCACGUGAAAUGCCACCUUACAAUGGAUUUGGCUCUGAAGAAGACUCCCUUGCCUCAUGCCUCAGCCUUCGGCCUAAGCCUCCUCGCAGGGAUUUCAAGAAAUUCAUGGAGAAGGAUAGGUAUGAAGUUAACCCCUUUACUCUCUAGAGUGACCCAAUACUAAGAUGUCAAUAAAACCUGGACUGAAUCAGGUCAACUGCUGUAAACCAAUGCUGAAUGUCAAAAGAUUAGGGAUCCAUUUAAUCGAGUCUGAAUUUUUUUUUAGCAACAACUUCUCCCCAUCCCCCAUCCCCCACCCCCCAUUCAAGUUAAAAAAAUGCUUAAUUUCAGUUGUUAAAUUCUGGAAAGUAAUUAUGAUUGUACUGCGUUGCUGAACAGCUGUCACUGGAAUAGCUAUGCUUUAGGAUUUUGUCCACAAACUUUGAAAAGUUAAAUUCACCUCUUGCUUCCUACAGCAUACCUAAAAUCUAUGCAGGAAUGUUCUGCUCUCAGUAACUUUUAUUUGAAAGGUCAUACCCACCCUAUUAGUAUUUGUCUUGCAGACAUGGCCUGGAAAGCAAUGUUCUUCGCUUUGUUGCCCGUCUUGACACAACACGCCCCAUUGAUAUGGAUAGAAGGUAAGCAGUAAAUUAAGGCGUCUUGCUUGAAUUGUGGGUACAAUUUGAGCACUUUCUGUAAAACCUCUUUUAUGUGUUUUGUGGCAAGAACUCACUGGUACAUACAUUUGUACUAUAAUAGCAUGUACGGGUUUGCAAGUUUAUAUCAUCGCCUAUUUUAUGACAAUUUUGUCAUGACAGAGUUUCAUACUUUCCACAAUGUUCCAAGUUGCUUCUACCACAGAGAUUCUUCACAACAAAAGUCUCCUGUUUGAUCGCUUGAGUGGUGCAGUGGCUUGUGUGAGCUAUGACCUAAGCCUGACUUUUGGUUAUAAAGGAAUAACAGCACAUUUUUUAUUGUAGGUUCAUUAUUUCAUAUUUCCUCUCUGAUGACACAAUCCUUGUGUUUGAGCCACCCCAGAGGAAUUCUGGAAUACUUGGCGGAAAGUUUUUGGAGAGGGGAAGAAUCAAGAAACCUGAUGGUGUCAACUACUUUUUUGCUCCAGUAAGUAAAGUCUUCUAUUUUUUGUGUAGUCUUCUUUUCAUUCUUGUUUCUGAAAAAAGGAAUAAAGAUUUUUUAAGAUUGGUUCUGGGGGUCUCUGGAUUUUUACAAGAGGGUGUGCUGAUUGGACCCUGGAACCCAAAGCCUAGGCAAUAUAAUGCUCAACUGCAGUUUGCUAGUACCCUAGUCUAGACAAGGUACAAAGAAUACCCACCAUAUGUCAGACUAUGAACCUAUAAUGAUUAAUUUCCACAGAUGAUAACCUAUUCUAGACUAUUCUCGUGUUUAUUCCAUGUUCUAGUUAUUGCCAGGGCUAAGGGCUGCAUUUUUGGUAAAAAAAAGUAUAAAGACACCCAAUCCUGAUUAUUAUUUUAAUGAUGCAAGUUGUGAUUGUCUUUUGUUUGUUUGUUUGUCUUAUUUUCAUGCAGGACUUGUACAUUGGCGCAAAUGUGGAGUUCCAUAAAUAUAAGUUCAUCCUAAUUGACGCUGACGAGUAUGCCGUCAUGUACAUGGAGAAACAUUCAUCUGAAUUUCCUCAGGCCAAUAUUCAGUUCAUCCUCCCCAAACUCAAACAAAUCCUAGAAAGCAAAUAUGAGGAAGUUAAAUCAGAGUUCCAGAGAUUUGAUCAAGACAACUCUGGCAAAAUACCUGCCAGUAGAUUUAGGUAACUUUUGAACACAAAUAACUUCAGAGUAAGAUAUAAAUUAUUUCAAAGAUGAAGACAGUAGAUUUGUUUUGCACUUGUAAGCAAUCACCAAACAUAGUCCUUGAAACCUUUUAAACUGUCUUUCCUUUUUAUCUUUAAUUUUGUAUCAAUUGUCAGUUAUAACAAAUAAUAAUUACCAGUAUCUAAAUUAAUGAUGUCAUAAAUUUUCUUGAAAUGUGCUAUUCUUUAAUACUAACAUAUUUUAAUAGAUUGUGGAUUACUUUGAUAUAUUUGUCUUUUCCCAUUUAUGAGCAAAUACAAACAAACUUAUAUUUCUUUGACAGGGAAAUUCUUCAGCAUUACGGAGAAGGCUUGCUGACAAUUCAUGAACAACUGACAGUAUCCAGACACUUUGGAGAUUCUAUGGUGAGAUGAACAACAAUGGUUAACCCUUUAUUAAGCCCAAAGAUCCACAUACAAAUUCUUCGGACUGAUCUACAUACAUUUCUUUACAGAAUUAAAUGAGAGAAUUUGAUAAAGGAUCAGAGCAUUUUCCCUUUGUUGGUGAUCAUUUGAUUCAUUCUCAUUACCAUUCCUCUUCAAUAUGUAGUGAUAUUGUCAGGAGAAAGUUGAUGUUGGUCACUUUUGAAUUUAAUGGGUUAAUGACUUCUGAGUAUAGUUGGUAAUUCACAAGGGGGAGGCGGGGGGGGGGUACUCCCCCUAAUGGCCUAUACAAGGAGAGACUGUUCAAAAGGGGUAACUUUUUCAGUCUUUAGGUAUAAUAAAGGAUUAUGAUUUUGCCAGUUAAAAUUUAUGAAAAGGUAGGCAAAUCUGUCAUUUUUGUCUGUAGAAAGGCCCAAAUGGCCCUUGGAUGCAUUAUUUUACCAAGAAAAAGUUGAGAAAACACUCUGGUUUGGUGAUUUUCUUAUAUUUUGAAGACAGAGCAUUUACAGUAGUUAAAAGGGAUGCAAACUUCCAGUUAGGGUACCAGUUGUCAAUUGAAGGUGUAAGAAAGGGGCCACCAAAAGUGGUAUUUAAAAGGGUAAGGGGUUGGACCUCGGGGCAGAAACUCCGCGUAUAAAAGUUUGUUGAAUAACACCCUCCCCCCCUCAGGAUAGUUCAUAAUAACUGAUGAUUAUUAAUCACUGCAUGUUUUAAUGCUUCUCAGGAAGAAGAAGAUGAUCUCCAGAUGUUGAUUGUUACAAUCCAAGAACAGCUUAGAAAAGCAAACUUUGAGGAUUUCUCCAACAUGAUGGACUCUUGUAGACACGAGGAUGUGCUUGGGUGAGUGAGCAUGGUUUGUAAGAAAACAUUUUCUGGCAGUUUCCCAUUCUGUCAUUAUGCAAACUUACAUCAAAUGAAGAAAGAGGUUAGUUUUUAAUAAAACUGUGUUGCUGGGGAUUGAGUUAAAUAUUUUAAUCCCCUGGCAUUUUGUAAGCUCCAAUCCCCAUUAGAAUAUCCAUUAAAGUGGGUGUGGAUAUAUUAUACGACCACUUGAUCACUUUUCAGGGCUGUCAACCCCCCAUGUCAUCAAAUAUUGAGAAUUGAUAGGGAAGAAAUGUUAGAUGACGUCAUAUCGCAUGGCAAAUGACUUCAUUUGUACCAAAAAUGCUUGUUGAUUCCCAUUGACAUAUAUAGCACAUCAACAGUUCAUAUUUAGCCACAUAAUGUUGCUUAAAUUACAGUGGCAUACCAAAAUUUACGAGGAAACGUUCCAUGUUAACAGUAGCUCAAACAACACAAAAUAUUUGAAAUUUUAUGGUCGGAAAGUCAAGUCUACAAGAAAUAGCAACUUUGGCAAUUAUCCGGGGGAUAUCAGCCUCUAAUAUGGAGACCAGGAAACAUGGUCCAAAAUCUGGAGUCCCCUGGAUUAUCCGGGAGAGUUGACAGCAAUGCCUUUUAGACUUUGAGGAAGAGUUGACUAUGAAAUUCCACGAUAAAACCUCUUCAGCAGUACUUUGUCAUGGUACUGUUUUAUUGCUUGGAGUGGUUUUGGGAUUUUAAAAAUCCAAUCACCAAGUUGAUACCCUGGGUGCCAGAGGCUUUUCAUGCGCGGUUUCCAGUUUCCGUCAGGUCUAAGAAAGUGACCCACUUUGCCGCUCGUGUUUUCGGCCUUUGAAGCUCCCCUAUGCAUGCGAGAAAAAACCUCUGGUACCCAGGGUACCAAGUUGGCAGUUCUUGAAAAGUUUCUGACAAGUGAAUGUUUUGGCUGAAUGUGGCAGUUUCUAACAUAACCUGAUUUUAAACACUUUUUUCUUUUCCACAGCACUGGAUUUCUUCCACUUCAAGAACUGUACAACACUUGUAGACGGUUCAAUGUGCCAGCCAAGAACGACUUGCUACAGGCACUCAUGGAAAAAGUUGAAAGAAACGAACGAAAUGAAGCUAACUAUGAACAGUUCUUGAAAUUACUGAAUUGGAGAGAUUCCCCAGGUGAGAUGAAAUUCUUCAUUCUGCAUUCAGCAACACCGCAGAAUGAUCAACAUCAAUUUUCUCCCGGCAAAAUCAAUACGAAAUCAAGACAAAAGGCCAUGAGAAUUGAUAGACUGAUCACUAAGGGGAAAAUGCUUUGAUCUUUAAUAUCAAAAUCUCUCAUCUAAUUCUUUAAGGAAAUGUAUGAAGGUCAGUAGUGUGGAGAAUUUGUAUACAUGUGGAUAUUGGGGCUUAAAGGAUUCGAUAGUCAGGAAAUGCAUUUGAAGUAACAAGAGUUAAUUUAUCCUUCUAGAAUGAAAAUCCUUCAAAUUCAUUAUUUCUAAAAGUUCGCAGUUGUAAAAAAUUGUUUCUCCCUUCCUCAGUUUCUUCACAGAAAUUCGUCCCUGCUGCUGCUCCAGAUCCGAAAUCUUCGGUAAGUUGACAUCAUUUUACUUUGUAUAGAAUUUCCUUAAUAAUUUUCUCUUUUACACAUUUAAUUGGAAUUUAGAGUAAAAUUAAGCAAGUUUUUUUUGUUGCAACUAUUGUUUCCUUAUGCAUUUGUCAUUCUUUUCAGCAACGAAUUGGUCCCAAGGAUUUACCUCGAUUAGUAAGCUACAAGAAUCUGUUACAAAGUCUUCUUGAAGUUAAUUGAAUUGUGUCACAGACAAAGAAUUUGUUCAGACACUCCUGGUAUCCUUGUGAAGAUCAGACACAUUAACAUGCAACUCUUUCAGUCAGUGUUCUAUUGUAUUAAGGUUUAGAAAGACAAGUUCAACACUCGAAUUGUCAGAUUUUAUUUGUAAAUAAUUAUCUCCUUUGUAUGAAAAGAAAUAAAAGAAAUGUCAACAAUGUUUAUCAUUUUAGUUCUUCU